AUGGAGUCUAAGAGAAGAGGAGUUGAUAAAUUAAAUAGAUCUGAAUCUUUUAUUUGUCCAGGAAAUUGUCGGUCCCUUGCUUCAUCGACUUUGAGAACACCAUCAAGAAGAAACUAUUCGAUUGCACCGACUGAGCUGAGUUUCCAACCGAUGACGGAUAUUACAGGCAUACGACAAGUUAUCGAGCGAGUUUAUUGUGGUGAUAUUACCAAUACCGCGAAAUUUGUUUUUAACGUAAUGCCUUACGUGCAAGACGGUGGUACGGCCCUGCGGGAAAUUUUUGAAAAAAAUUUGCAAAAUUUUCGAGAGAUUGUAGAAGAUGUCGUCGAUCAAAUGAUACAGGAUGAAACUGACGUUACGAUUCAUGCUCUUAAUGAUAUCAAAGAUAAGUUUCGAGGAUUAUCGAAAGCUACAGCUCGGAGAAUAACGAAAAUAAAAAAACGUCUUCAUGAGAUUUCACCGGACUUUGACUGGAGAGCUGAUGGAAAAGAUACAAAGAAACUUUCUAAAUUAUUAGUUACGAAACCCCCCGAGAUCAGAUCAGAGCAGUCUGACCCAACAGAAAAACUCGUUCACCGAGUUUUCAUGCGAGGACAAUGGUUGAAGAAAGAAUUGUUACGUUUGCAAGAAGAAAACGCUAAACUUGGAAUAUAUUUGAAUAAAUUUCGAUCCCUGGCGGAGGAAAGAAAGGAAGAGGAAUUGCAUGUACCGCGUAUCUUGGAAAAAGAAAAGAAAUAUCUCGAAAAAGAAUUGAACGAGUUGCGUCAAAUUUACAAAAGAAAUUUGUCAAUCAUCGAGCAACUUUAUAUUGAUUAUCGAAAAUGUGCAAUCGAUCCAGAAAUUAAUUGUACGGUACUUCAACAGGAACAUUAUGAUUAAUAAAAUCCAAAAUGUUUUUUUUUUCCUC